UGUGACGCUCUGCAGGAUUAUUCAGAUUGGCUUUAGCUAGGUCUUGCUGUUGUUGCAGUUUGGAGGUUAAUGUCCACGAAACAUUAAGAGUUGUGGCGUAAAGAUAAUGGCGGCGGCGUUAGACGCUCUCUGGGAAGACAGAGAUGUUAGAUUUGACAUCACUGCGCAACAGAUGAAAACCCGUCCAGGUGAAGUGUUGAUCGACUGUCUGGACUCAAUUGAAGAUACGAAAGGAAAUAACGGAGAACGAGGACGGCUAUUGGUGACUAACCUGAGAAUCAUUUGGCACUCUUCGGCUCUGCCAAGAGUCAACUUGUCUGUUGGUUAUAACACUAUUAUUAACAUCACAACAAGGACCGCACACUCUAAACUGAGGGGUCAUACUGAAGCACUCUACAUCUUAACAAAGUCCAACAACACAAGAUUUGAGUUCAUUUUUACCAACCUGGUCCUCGGAAGUCCCAGGCUCUUUACCUCUGUCAUUGCUGUACACAGAGCUUAUGAGACCUCUAAGAUGUACCGAGACCUGAAACUGCGAGCUGCUCUUAUUCAAAACAAGCAGCUUCGACUCUUGCCUCAGGAGCAAGUAUAUGAUAAAAUCAAUGGGGUCUGGAAUCUCUCCAGUGAUCAGGGUAACCUGGGAACCUUCUUUAUCACCAAUGUUCGGAUUGUGUGGCAUGCCAAUAUGAACGAGAGUUUCAACGUCAGCAUUCCUUACCUGCAGAUUUGGUCCAUCAGAAUAAGAGACUCAAAGUUUGGCCUGGCUUUGGUCAUUGAAAGUUCCCGACAGAGUGGAGGAUAUGUGCUUGGGUUUAAAAUUGAUCCGGUGGAGAAGCUGCAAGAUGCUCUCAAAGAAAUCAACUCUUUGCAUAAAGUUUACUCUACAAACCCAAUUUUUGGAGUGGAUUAUGAAAUGGAGGAAAAGCCCCAGCCGCUGGAAGAACUGACUGUGGAACAGCCUCCUGAUGACGUGGAAAUUGAGCCCGAUGAACAGACCGAUGCGUUCACUGCCUACUUUGCUGAUGGGCAUAAGCAACAAGACCGUGAAGCAGUUUUUUCCGAUGAGCUUGGCCUCGCCAUUGAGAAGCUUAAGGAGGGUUUCACGCUUCAGGGGCUGUGGGAAGUCAUAGGCUAAAACAACAUGAAACAUCUGUUCUCUAUGUACAGACAAGUGUGCAUUUAUUUAUUGUUUAUAGGCCAAUAUUAAAGUUGCAUAGAUCAUUUGUAGAUACUUUGUAGAAAAAAAAAAAGAGUAACUUGAAUUGUAUGCUUUUUUGUUUGUUUAGCUUAUGUUGCAGUUUUUAAAUGCUGUGCAGACAGGGUUUCCUCGCCACCCGACAAAGUGUGGAAUUUCUUUCUCGUCUAUUCCUAACGUCUUUUCUUUCUUCCUCCAUUUCUUGUUUUCCUUCCUUUCUUCAUUUUUUCCUACCUCUCUACCUACCUUUCCUUCUUCUUUCCUUAUAAAAGAAAGGAAGUAAGUUUCUAUGUUUUGGCCAUCACUCAUCUGCUCACGUCUGAAAUGUUUGUCAUAAAGUUGUAUUAACAUAAAAAUAAUGUUUAGCAACCCUAUAAAAGCCUCUUAAGAAUAAAAUUUAUUUAAGUAAACA